AUGGCUGUUGACACAUUAGUUGACUCGGUCACCACAUAUCGUAGCCGACCUCUUUGGGCUCACUUCUAUGCGUCUCCUUUCACAGUAUUCUACGCAUGUUGGUUCUACAUAUGGCUAUCAAUGUACGGAUUUGAAGAAUACUAUGAGCUCGGAUUGAUUGGCGCAGCAAUUAUAGGUCUAGUACAGGCUCUAAUAAUUCUGUUUUGCCAUUGGUUCGUCAGCGUGAAAUGCUACCUUUCCUGCGUAUAUGAAGAAGAUCCCCAUAAAGCUACAUUGGCUAAGGUAGUACCUACACCAAAUAACGGAUGGGCGGAACUUGUUCCUCUUCGAAGAUCUUGGAGGGCUAACAGCACAAAAGUAUGGUUUGAAUUCCAAAAAGUUCAUUAUACUUUGGACGAAACAACCAACACAUUCGGCACGGUUAUCUUUGACUCGCAUAGACCUAUGAAAUAUUACCAGCAGUCACGUGGAGUGGAGAGCGACGAUCAACUUGAGGAGAUAAAAUAUCUUCUUGGAGAUAACAAAACAGAAAUGGUUAUACCACAGUUCUGGGACUUGUUCAAGGAAAGAGCGACAGCACCGUUCUUCGUAUUCCAGGUGUUCUGCGUCGGCCUAUGGUGUCUCGAGGACAUGUGGUACUACUCUUUGUUCACUUUGUUCAUGCUUAUGACAUUUGAAGCGACAUUGGUGAAGGCGCAGUUGAAGAAUAUGCAAGAAAUUCGCAACAUGGGAAACAAGGCGUACAUGAUACAAGCGUACAGAAACCACAAAUGGAUUAAAAUAAAAACAGAUGAGCUGGUUUCUGGGGACAUUGUCUCUGUUGGCCGUUCUGCCGAUGAGCGAGCUGUCCCUUGUGAUAUGAUUUUACUGCGGGGACCAUGCAUAGUUGAUGAAUCAAUGCUUACAGGAGAAUCAGUACCUCAAAUGAAGGAACCUAUUGAAGAUCUCGAGAAGGACAGAUAUUUCGAUAUUGACGCUGAUAGCCGUCUUCAUGUAAUAUUUGGAGGAACUAAAAUUGUCCAGCACACGCCACCAGGAAAAGGUGUAGAAGGGCUCAAAAGCCCUGAUAAUGGAUGCAUUUGCUACGUACUUAGAACUGGGUUCAACACAAGUCAAGGGAAACUUCUCAGGACUAUUAUGUUUGGCGUUAAACGAGUUACUGCCAAUAAUCUGGAAACUUUCUGUUUCAUCCUGUUUUUGCUUAUAUUCGCCGUCGCGGCUGCUGCUUAUUUGUGGGUAGUAGGUAGUCAGGAUGAAAAGCGCAACAAGUACAAAUUGUUUCUGGAGUGCACACUUAUUUUGACGAGUGUUAUUCCGCCUGAAUUGCCUAUAGAACUUUCAUUGGCUGUCAAUACUUCUCUAAUCGCUUUACAAAAACUGGGUGUUUUCUGCACAGAACCAUUCCGAAUUCCAUUCGCUGGGAAAAUUGAUAUUUGCUGUUUCGACAAGACCGGCACCCUCACCACCGACAAUCUUGUAGUUGAAGGAAUUGCUUUCAGCACGGAUGAAGAAAAAGGUCUUGUAAAAGCAGUUUCUGAUGUUCCUGCCGAGUCGGUGCAGGUUCUAGCAUGCUGUCAUAGUUUGGUUCGCUUUGACGACGAUCUUGUUGGAGAUCCACUUGAGAAAGCAUGUCUCACGUGGUGCGAUUGGUCUCUCACCAAGGGGGACGCUGUGCUCCCACCGAAAGGAUCAAAGCAAACAGGACUGAAAAUUUUUCUUCGUUAUCACUUCUCAUCUGCAAUGAAGAGAAUGACUGUGGUUGCUGGAUAUCAGGUGCCUGGUUUCCAGGAACCAAAAAUGAUUGUAGCAGUGAAGGGUGCACCAGAAACACUUAGGUCUAUGUACGAACAUGUGCCGCAUGACUACGAUGAAAUUUUCACUAAUCUCACGAGACAGGGAGCGCGUGUGCUUGCGAUGGGCAUUAAGGAACUGAAUCAAACAAGGAUUGGAGAGCUGAGAGAUACCAAACGUGAAACAUUGGAAAACAAUCUGCGGUUUGCUGGAUUUGUUGUCAUCUCUUGUCCACUGAAGCCAGAUACCAAAGUGAUGAUCAAAGAGAUUAUUGAGAGCUCUCAUAAGGUUGUGAUGGUUACUGGUGACAAUCCUCUAACUGCGUGCAACGUUGCAAAGGUGCUCAAAUUCAUACGAAAGAAGGUGCCUACACUAGUCUUGGAUGAACCUUUCGAAAAGACUGGAGAGUGGAAAUGGAAGGCUGUUGAUGAAUCCGUCGAAUACGACGUAGUUCCGUUUAAUAAAAGACAAGAGCUGAAGAAGUUUUUCUUAGACCACGAGUUCUGUCUUACCGGUCCGGCUUUUUCACAUCUCUUGGAGAACAAUCACAGUUUUCUGCGUGAGCUGAUCAUGCACGUACGAGUUUUUGCUAGGAUGGCUCCAAAACAGAAGGAGCGAGUGAUUAACGAAUACAAGUCACUUGGUUGCGUUACUCUGAUGUGUGGGGAUGGAACAAAUGAUGUCGGUGCUCUUAAACACUCGAAUGUUGGCGUUGCUCUUUUAUCACAUCCUUACGAUCCCACUAGAGCUGAACAGAAGGAGAAGGAGAAGAAGGAAAAGAUAGAAGAGGCUCGACGCCUCGUGCACACUACGAAUCCGACUCCCCCCGGAAUACCAAGCUCCGCUGUACGACGGGGGGAUGCUCCUGUUGGAGCCAGAGUGAGGAGUACCCAUCCUUCUGUUGUCAACGCCCACAACAAGUUAGAAAAACUUAUGAAAGAACUGGAGGAAGAAGAAAGAGCUUCUAUAACGAGACUCGGAGAUGCUUCUAUUGCCGCACCCUUCACUUCUAAGUACACCAGUAUAGCAUCAAUUUGCCAUGUAAUUAAACAAGGGCGAUGUACGUUAGUAACUACGCUACAGAUGUUCAAGAUUCUGGCCUUAAAUGCUCUGGUUUCUGCGUAUUCUUUAUCUGCUCUUUAUAUGGACGGAGUGAAGUUCAGUGAUACUCAAGCUACAAUACAAGGUCUACUUCUGGCAGCAUGUUUCCUUUUUGUCUCUCGUUCGAAGCCUCUGAAAACGUUAUCGAAGCAACGCCCUAUGUCGAACAUCUUCAACGCAUAUACGCUGUUGACGGUUACUGGACAGUUCGUUGUGCACUUUGGAUGUCUGCUAUAUGUUGUCAAGAGUGCCCAUGCAGCGGCUCCUAGAACAGAGCCUAUUGAUUUGGAGGCGAAAUUCUCGCCGAAUAUUCUGAAUACGAGUGUAUACAUAAUUUCCAUGGCAUUGCAAGUGUGUACAUUUGCAGUGAACUAUAGGGGUCGACCAUUUAUGGAGUCUCUACUUGAAAACAAAGCUAUGCUUUAUAGCAUUCUUAUAUCGGGGUCAUCGGUAUUUAUGCUCGCUGUGGGUGCUUCAGAUGAAGCGAUGCAGCAAUUUGAGCUAGUUGUUCUUCCACCAGAGCUCCGGAACAUUCUAGUCUACUGUGUUUCGUUCGAUCUCGUCGCAUGCUACAUGAUUGACCGAAUUCUGAAUUUCCUGUUAGGUGACAUGUUUUAG